UUUUCGUUCUGCCUGUAAUGUCAUUUCCGGCGGAAAGAAAGCUUGACUGCAAGGCUGCCUUUCUUGCUUCUUUCUUUUCGGCGCCAUCAUGGGUCGCAUGCACGCACCCGGAAAGGGUCUGUCCCAGUCGGCCUUGCCUUACAGGAGAAGCGUGCCUACAUGGCUGAAACUUACUUCUGAUGAUGUUAAAGAGCAGAUCUACAAGUUGGCAAAGAAAGGCUUGACACCUUCCCAAAUUGGUGUAAUACUAAGGGACUCGCAUGGGGUUGCCCAAGUUCGUUUUGUGACUGGUAACAAAAUUCUGAGGAUUCUUAAAUCCAAGGGACUUGCCCCUGAUCUCCCAGAAGAUCUUUACCACUUAAUCAAGAAAGCAGUUGCUGUCCGCAAGCAUCUUGAGAGGAACCGCAAGGAUAAAGAUGCCAAAUUCCGUCUUAUUUUGAUUGAGAGCAGAAUUCAUAGGCUGGCUCGUUACUACAAGACCAAGAGAGUACUCCCACCUAAUUGGAAGUACGAAUCAUCCACUGCUUCUGCUCUGGUUGCGUAAAAAUUCUUAUUACGACCAUGGGAAUCUAAACCAUCUUGUAAUCGUGUUAUGCCUACUUCAGAGCGAUGCCGUUGCUUAUUUAAAAUUGGAAGGACAAGUUAACAUGUUUACUACAUCAAUAAAAGUGUCUGGAUUUUUUUCCACUUGAUAAUAUAAUUUGAGUCCUUUAAAACUGCUGUUAUCCUGCAAAUAUUUUUGGUUUCAUAUAAAUUUACUAAAGGUUCUUAAAAACCAUGUC